ACAAAACUCAUCAUUUCAGAGUUCAUUUCGCCGUCGCACGUCUUAAAUAUCACCACUUACUACUACCCGUCAAUCACCCCCCCCCCAAUCCAGAAAAGAUGGUGCACAACAUCCGAACCAAGGACGAGUUCCAAGAUGCUCUGAAGAAGUAUCCCAUCGUCGUCGUGGACUUUUACUCCACGCAUAGCGCCGAGUCAAAGCACAUUGCUGCCACAUUCGCUCACGCCUAUGAGUUGGACAAGUUCAAGGACUUCCGAUUCGUCAAGGUCGACAUCGAUGACCUGAAGGGUCUAGCGGAGGAGGUCGGUGUUACGCAGCCUGCAACAUUCCACAUGUACAAGAACGGAGAGAAGAUCAAUGAUCUGCAGAGUGAACAUAAGGAGGACCUCAUUCAGUUCUUGGAGACUGGCCUGUAAUGACUUGACUGGAGAAGAUGAUGAUGCUUGAUGAAACAAGGCCGCUUCGAAGUUGCAGCGCAAAGCUAGGUCCAAUUCAAUGAUUGCAUGCUCUAUUGCGAUUACUUUACAGUUCUGCGUUCCUCUUUUGAAGGAGUCGUUGGUCUGAAAUGAAUUUAGAGACAUCGGCUUGGUGAUUGACCCCAAGCCGUAGCGACCGUUGCUGAGGAAAACGGGGUAACUGAACGCUACACAAAGUCAAAUCCAACUCUAAAUUGUCUGCCGGCCCUGCAGGCUAGAUUCAUAUCAAUAUUAUUGCCAGGCACAGCCAGGGACCUGCUUAUAUCCAGGUCCAUGUAUCAGAG